ACAAUUCUGAAGAAGAAAAAGAGGGAUCAGUCACCAACUAAGUAAAAACAGGAGAUAUGAUCAGGCUAUUUAAAGUUAAGGAGAAGCAGAGAGAACUUGCUGAAGCCAAUGGAGGAAAACAUGUCAAGAAGCAAUCAGCUGGCGAAUUGCGCCUUCACAAAGAUAUAACUGAGCUGAACUUACCAAAAUCUUGUGUUAUAUACUUCCCCAAAGGCAAGGACAACCUCAAAGCUUUUGAGGUUUCGAUUAGACCAGAUGAAGGAUAUUACACAGGUGGAAAGUUUGUGUUUUCUUUCCAGAUUUCGGAUUUCUAUCCACACGAGGCACCAAAAGUUAAGUGUAUGACAAAGGUCUACCAUCCCAAUAUCGACUUGGAAGGGAAUGUCUGCCUCAACAUCCUACGAGAAGAUUGGAAGCCUGUGCUUAACAUAAACACCAUUGUUUAUGGAUUGUAUCAUCUUUUCACGGACCCGAAUCAUGAAGAUCCCUUAAAUCAUGAUGCAGCUGAAGUUUUGAGAGACAAGCCGAAGGAGUUUGCGUCUAAUGUAAGAAGGGCUAUAUCCGGUGGGUAUGUGGGGAAAACUUGUUUCUCAAGGUGCAAAUAG